AGGCUGCUCAUCAUAAAUAUUCUAAUAUUUUAUGCCAGAACUGUAAUUUGUUUAAACUCGUUUUCAAUACCCUGAAGCACACAUACUGCACUGUGAUACUAAUCUAAAAGUAGCCGUCACUGCCUGACCUGUUGUAAAUUUCAAUCAUCGAUGGAAACUGAGCGGGCAUGAAAGGGGCGUGGCGAGCGAGUCGAGUGGGCUGAUACGGGGCGGAGUAAUCAAGGCGGCGCCACCUUAAAAAAACAGUCGCGCCGAUAUGUCAAUCCAGACGCGACCCAGACAGACCUCGGCCUGGGGGCCCAGCCGUGAGAGCCGUGCGCUGAUUGGCUAAGUCCCGCCGUUCUUUUGAGACUCGAAUCCCUAUUGGUUGGAGCCGGGCGAGACGCUCACGCGCACAAUGUCUACCCGCUUUUGUUAUUGUACCGAGAGCGAGGCGAGAGGCUUCGGGGGAGCGUGCAGGAUGCACGGACGGAGACAGCGAGCCUGUUAGUCCCGUAUCGACUCCGAUAGACUCAUAUUAGAUGUUGGAGGGGGAAGGGGACUCGCAUUUCUACCUCUCCGUCCUUGUCUAGAAACAAGUCUUUUGAAUUCUCUAAUAACCCGACUGAUGUAGCAGCAGGAUGUCCGUGAACCCUCCCAACAGUAACGACGCCUGCCUUAGCAUCGUGCACAGUCUCAUGUGCCACAGGCAGGGUGGUGAAAACGAGGGCUUCGCCAAACGCGCCAUCGAGAGCCUGGUGAAGAAACUAAAGGAGAAGAAGGACGAGCUAGACUCCCUCAUCACAGCAAUCACCACCAAUGGAGUCCAUCCCAGCAAGUGUGUGACCAUCCAGAGGACGCUAGAUGGACGCCUACAGGUUGCGGGCCGAAAAGGUUUUCCUCAUGUAAUCUACGCACGGUUGUGGCGCUGGCCAGACCUGCACAAGAAUGAGCUAAAACAUGUGAAAUUCUGCCAGUACGCAUUUGACCUCAAAUAUGAUAAUGUCUGUGUCAACCCCUACCAUUAUGAAAGAGUGGUGUCACCCGGGAUCGUUGGCCUUAGUCUUCAAAACACAGGUCCCUCCGGCAGACUGAUAAAAGAAGAGUACAGCCAUGACUGCAUUCAGAUGGACGUUCCUCCAGGUCUGCCUCCUCAGCAGGACCACCAGGGGGCGAUGAAGCUCCCCCCUCCAGACCACUACGGCCAGCCACUGCCCCCUCUCCAAAUGCCUCCAGAGCCCACACGCGCCCCUCCGCCAGUCGCCCUUUACUCUAAUAUGCCCCUCUCACCCACUGCUUCAGGCUCUAUGAUGCCAAUGCAGGGUGGUCAUGGUGAAGGCCUGCUACAGAUCGCGUCUCCUCAGGGUCAGGUCAUGACCCCAACGCCUCCUCCCUCAACCCCUACCCACGGACCUUCGCAGACCCCCGUCCCACCCCAGCCACCGCCCAACCAGAAUGGCUACAACAGCUCCAAACACGCGCAGGGUUCAUUUCACACAACCUGGACAGGCAGCAGUACAGCCUCCUAUACGCCUGUAGGACCCCAGCAAAAUGGGCGUGGCCAUCAGCCGCCUCUUCAUCACCCCCACUUCUGGUCUCAGCAUCACAGCUCAGCAUCUUUCCCCCCUCCAGUCUCCAACCAUCCAGUUUCGUAUACCUGUGACGCAUCUGUAGGUCCUGAAUUCUGGUGUUCAAUCUCAUACUUUGAGAUGGAUGUUCAAGUGGGCGAGAUGUUUAAAGUUUUGUCCAGCUGUCCGGUGGUGACGAUUGAUGGGUAUGUGGACCCCUCAGGAGGUGACCGCUUUUGCCUGGGUCAGCUUAGUAAUGUGCACCGCACCGACGCCAGUGAGCGAGCCAGGUUGCAUAUAGGCAAAGGCGUGCAGCUGGAGUGCCGUGGAGAGGGCGACGUGUGGAUGCGUUGCAUGAGCGAUCACGCUGUCUUUGUGCAGAGCUACUACCUGGACAGAGAGGCGGGCAGAGCGCCUGGAGAUGCAGUGCACAAAAUUUAUCCAGGGGCGUACAUCAAGGUGUUUGACCUCAGGCAGUGCCACAGGCAGAUGCAACAGCAGGCGGCCACUGCGCAGGCAGCUGCAGCAGCACAGGCUGCAGCGGUUGCAGGGAAUAUUCCAGGACCGGGAAGUGUUGGUGGAAUUGCCCCGGCAGUCAGUCUCUCGGCAGCAGCAGGGAUCGGUGUGGAUGAUCUAAGGAGGCUGUGUAUCCUCCGUCUGAGUUUCGUGAAAGGCUGGGGACCAGAUUACCCACGGCAGAGUAUCAAGCACACCCCCUGUUGGGUGGAGGUCCAUCUGCACCGUGCACUGCAAUUGCUGGAUGAGGUGCUGCACACUAUGCCGCUAGCAGACCCUGGACCAGCUAACUGAAGCCAGUGAGAGGAAACAAUACACACCUCAGCAUACACUCAUAACACAGAUACUGUACUCACUUACAGUAAGCGUGCAAACCAGUGUGCUCACUUGGAAGAAUCGGUCUGCACUUUUAUCAGUCAUUCAGUCGGACAGAAAUUCACUAAUUCAAUUCACUAAUUGUUAUAUAGUUAGAUAAAUGAUACUUUUUGUUUUUGGUGAAUCUCAUAAAUGUCCAAAAUAGCAUCUCUGAAUAGCUUUGUUAGCCAACUAUGGUCGCAAGCUAAAGCAUAGUUCAUGGCAUAGAUGGUGUUUCCCGAAACCAUCGUUCCAUUCGCAUACUGCAUCGCGAACUCUCCAGCUGUGGUUAGAAGCAUAGUUCCUUGAUAGUAUGACAUGUAGACUUACACUGAUCACGCGUUUGAGCAAAAUAAGCAAGCAAAAUGGAGUGCAUUUUAUAUCUAUCAUUCUAAAUAUAUACAAAUUUGACCUCUUUUAGUUAGUAAACAGAAUUAAAUCACUGCUUUGAAAAGUGCACAUGUGUGCAGACUACUGGAGGGAGUCCUUGGUAGGAGUGACAUGAGAGGAAUGUUAAUAAUAUUAAUGAAUAUCUUGAAAUAAAACAACAGAGAACUAAAACACGAUAACAAAAACAUCUUCAGAUGCAAUGUACAUUAUUUACAGCAAUAAUCUGACAUUAAAUGGCACAUAUUAUGCAAAAUCCACUUUUACAAGGACAUAAAUGUGUGUGAACACAACAACCCUGCAACUAAAAAAACAUUUUUAAAUUUUUUUUUAAAAACCCACUCCUUGCUUUCUUAUCUUUUAAACCAAAAACCAAACCAUUAAACCAAAGCAGUCUCAAUAGACAUGCUGUAUUGAUUCUCUUGUUUAUGUGAUGUCACACUGAUAAAGCUCCACCCACGGCCACUGACUGACUGGUUAAUUUUACCCAAAAGCUUUUCUAUGGGUAGGUUCACAUUUCACAUCUAAAGUCUCGUUGAAAACGUGAUUGCGCCACUUUCCAAUGCGUUUUCGGACACAGCAUUUUGAAAAGUUAAAGUAGUCAACUAGCUGCGAAACCGACACAUCUGGAAAAAGAGCAUGUCACUUUCUAUUUGAGGGCGCUUGCCGCACGUCUACAUUCGAAACAACGUAUUGCGCGUGCAAAAGAAGCUAAAUGUGAACCGCCCCUAAAUGUUUGUUAGCAUGUUGUAGCGCUAAUGCGAUUAAAGAAACUAUUGUCUCAGACUUUAUUCACAGAAAUCAGAUCUAUUUUUAACCAAAUGCGUUCACUGUCUGUUUGUGAGGGAGUGAGGAGCUGUUGCUCAUUUGCAUUUAAAGGUACAGUUACUGCCACCCAAAUAGGUAUUUUGGGCUAGGGCUGUCACGAUUAUGAACUUUGGCUGACGGUUAAUUGCCUAAUAAAUUGUGUCGAUUAAUAGCCUGUUUAAGGGCUUUGGCGAUUAUUACUAUUAAUUGUCUGUUUUGUUGCUUUGACAUUUAAUUCUCAUACAUUUUUUUUAAUUUUCACACAUUGUUUUGAUUAUUUAAAUUAAAUCUUUUGCAAGGUUUACCUGGCAGUAAAUAUCAAUACACAUAACACAUAUUUAAAAGUAUUUUGAUACUGUCUCGUUUAUACGGGCGCUGCAGCUCCCCCUUGUGUUUUUUAGAGAGAUGUGCAAUCAUUGCGGUGAUCUGAAAUUUUAAAUAAUCGUCUAUUUAAUCAUUGUGACAGCCCUAUUUUGGGCAUGCUAUAACAAAUGAUCUGUGGGGUAUUUGGGGCUGAAACUUCACAGGCACAUUUUAGGCACACCUGAGACUCAUAUUACAUCUUGUAAAAAUAGGCAUAAUAUGUGCCCUUUAAAUCAAUCUGAAAAUAUUAAUUAGUACUCCACCUCCUGCGUGACAUCAUCAACUGUAUUGUUGAACCAAUAUGGUUCAAACGAUGGAUGUGCGACAAAGUUACUAUGUUUUCGGGAAACAGUCGUGAAUAGCUAGUUAGUUUCUCCCAACUAUGCAUCGUACUAUGGUGGUUCAGCAGAGAAUUACGUCAUUGUUCGGGAAACGCAAUCCAGGUCAUAUAUCACCCUAAAAUCUAAAGUAACGUUACAUAUAAUAUUUAAGGGAAGUACAUCUAAACUACUGUAACGUAUUCAGACAUUACCUUUGUUUGUUUUGCAACACUUUAUGACCGUUUUACAAUUUAUUUUAGUGUAUUAGAAAGAAUAGACUACUGUAAUACAGUAAAUCUGUAUAAAUUCAGCAUUAUCAUAAUGUACAAAUACUUUAAAUUAUACAUAACACAUCACAAUAUUUUUAAACAUUAGCAAUGGGAAUAAAAUGUCAUGUAAUAAACGUAAUUUUCAUUAUGAAGAUAAUAUACUUUUUUCUUUUAAUUAUGGGGUCAAAAAAUACAACCUGCACAUGUUCUUGACGUUUUGUGAGAUUCACCAUCUCAGAUUAAAUGUAUAUACGUUAGCGCUACAGGUCUAAUAAUGAAUGCAAGUUUACACAGGGUUGAUUAAAAAUUAUGUUCAGGGAAAUAGCUUUAUUGUUCAUAUGCCUUUCUAGCUUUGCACAUCAAGUAGUUAUGAUGAAAAUAUUAGAGCCUAAUAGUUUCGCAAUACUGAUAGAAAAUGCUUACAAUCUGUCCUGUGAGAAAUACAUGAAUGGGGUCAGUAUCUGAUCACGUGAUAAAGCGCAACAAUGACUGCUUACUUUUUCUGCGCUUGGGAUCUGGAAGUAUUUGUCCUUAAACGAUUUGGUUAUCGGUAAAAAAGACAAAGAUAUAAGACUGUAUCCUUAGCAUCUGUUAUGAGGCAAUGAACUACUGGUCCAAUGAAGCAUUAAGUAAGUUACACGGCACGCUACAGGUUUGUUUAAAAUACCAUGCAUUUUUACGAUAUUGCAAAUUAUGAAAACUUUGUUGCUUCUACAAGCGUGAAACAACCUCAGGCCUUUUAUGUUCACUAAAAAUAAUCUUUAAGAAAACAAUAAAUUGGAUUUUUACUUCCAGAACCCUUCUGUUAAGCUAUUUUACACUCUGGUAUCACACACACACACACGUCAAAGAUGACUUAUGUUCAGGUGAGGAAGAGACUGUUCAUCCUACACCAAGUCAGAAAUGUACUUAAAAUCCACGGGUCUGGUAGCACCAAAUGCCUCAGAGCAAAUGUGCGCCAAUAUGACGGCGCCGACCACUUCAGGAAACGUUUGAGAGGACCGUUAAUGUAAACGUUCAACGUUCGGGAUCAAACCCUGCCUCUGAGGGACGGAGCUGAACCAGAUUUCUCCUAAAGCUGGUUACACGGAUAAAAACUGUCGGAGUGUUUAAACAAAUUCCUCAUCUCUUGUGCUUGUGAUGUGCUUCUCUAGAUGUGGACCUCAACUCGGCUAUCGCUGCCUGCUGUAAACGUGGCUUACUAUCCAAGCUUCUUGUUAGUCAUACAGUAGCCUUCCAGCUCCUUUAUUUUCAUACCAAAAAAGAAGAAAAAGCCUGAAUUGUUCAGCUUUAAAAUGGUAUUAGUAUUUGUGAUGACGCAGUUUGGUGUCUGUAACCAAAAUCAUUUGCCAUGCGGUGUAACUCACCAAAGCCAGAAUACCUCAUGAUAAUCUAACACGAACCCAGUGGAUUUUUCUUUAUGCCAAAAUGCUAUUGGAGUCUGCUGUUUUCUGGACCUCAUGUUCACCUCAUACUUUAACCGAAACCAAAAGGAGGCGUGGCUUGAAGAAGACCGAAUGUCUUGAUGCAACCAAUGGUUUGUUUGACGGUUACUCAGAUUAUGCGUUUAGGUUAACUUGGAAAGCAACUCUUUCGAACUGUUGUAGCAACAUUUGCCUGUCAGUGUGUAGAUUGUGACCAAAAUUCAUAGUCCCAUUUGCAAACGGGUAGAAGAAUACUUCUAAACUAUAAGUGUUAAGUAUUUUUUUGCUGCCAUCCCAGGUUACAAAUGUGUAUGUUUUACUGCACAUGUAUGCAUUUAUCGAAACACUCUUCAAAUUAGUUCAUUUAAUAUGUACAUCCGAAAACAAAUGCAAAUAUUUAACUGAAAUGUCUGAGAGUAAACAUUGAUGCCCAUUAUAUGCUACGUUCACAUCAUGUCGUAUUUACCGUAAUUACGAGAUGACAAACUGUAAUGUUUUGCUCACACUGAAAUGUUCACAUUAAUUUUGUUUAAAAAGGAUAGUUUACCCCAAAAUUUUAAUUUUGUCAUUAUUUACUCACCCUUAUGUCAUAUCAGAUUUUUUAAAACAUGUUGCCUCUAUUUCAGUGCACAUUCUCUGUGUGAUAACCGCAACAACGGUGAUAUCCACAACAAAAAAGAAAAAAGUAAAUGUCUUCAGGACACUUAAGGUGUAUUCAAAAUAUUCAUGUAUUCAAAUACGAACACAUUAUUUUCUAUGAAUGUACACACACUGGUGGCACCUGACGGUGGCUGUCCGCUGUGGACACUACUUAAAUCCCUGCCGUGCCAAAGAGCGCCACUCACAUAGUUUAACAUUAAAUAACAUCAUAUUUGUCUAAAAUAAUUAACAAUUAACAUACCCGUAGGAUGCUAAUGCAUAAUGCAUAUGGAAGUAGACUGUCUGACUAAGCUUGCGCUAUUAAAUGUGCACCUCUGGUGUCCGAUACCUGCAAGUUUUCCUACGUGACGCAGCGCAUCUCGCACGUUUGCAACCUCUUUUAAAGGGACAUUCCACUUUUUUUGAAAAUGUGCUCAUUUUCCAGCUCCCCUAGAGUUAAACAUUUGAAUCUUUCAGUUUUGGAAUCCAUUCAGCUGAUUUACAGGUCUGGCGCUAGCACUUUUAGCAUAGCUUAGCAUAAUCCAUUGAAUCUGAUUAGACCAUUAGCAUUGCGCUAAAACAUAACCAAAGAGUUUGGAUAUUUCCUCUUCUGUAGUUACAUUGUGUACUAAGACCAACGGUUUCAAUUUUCUAGGCAUAUAUG